ACCUAAGUACACAAUUAUGAACCGCGCUGUUGUUGGUAAUGCUGCAUGGAGGGGCACAAUUGCAUCGGGGAAACUUCGACCUUCGACGAUCUAACGACGCUCUGCGACAACCAGUUUCCGACGCCACAAAUUGCCUUUACAGUCCUUUCGAGUGAGGCUACGAACACCCUAAAGUAUAUUACUCGAAACCCACCGGUAUGCCUUUUGCGCAGCUAGUUCUGGGCAGUCCGGGCUCCGGAAAGAGCACGUACUGCGAUGGCAUGCACCAGUUCAUGGGCGCCAUUGGUCGCGCAUGCUCUGUGGUGAACCUCGAUCCCGCGAACGACCACACAAGCUACCCGAAAGCGCUUGACAUCCGGGACCUGGUGAAGCUGGAGGAAAUCAUGGCGACGGACAAGCUGGGUCCGAAUGGAGGCAUUCUCUACGCCCUGGAAGAGCUAGAGCACAACAUGGAGUGGCUCGAGGAAGGGCUGAAAGAGUUCAGCGAAGACUACAUUCUGUUUGACUGCCCGGGACAGGUCGAACUAUACACACAUCACAACUCUCUGCGCAAUAUCUUCUUCAGACUACAGAAGAUCGGUUUCAGGCUUGUCGUAGUACACCUCUCCGACUCGUUCUGCCUAACCCAACCUUCGUUGUACAUCUCGAACCUGCUCCUGGCCCUCCGCGCCAUGCUCCAGAUGGACAUGCCACACAUCAACGUCCUGACCAAGAUCGACAAAGUGGCCUCCUAUGAUAGCCUGCCCUUCAAUCUCGAAUAUUACACCGAUGUUGACGACCUGUCGUACCUGAUCCCCUACCUCGAGGAGGAAUCGCCGGCGAUGCGGAACGAAAAGUUCAGUCGACUGAACGAGGCGGUCUCGAACAUGAUUGAGAGCUACAGUCUGGUCCGUUUUGAGGUCCUCGCUGUGGAAGACAAGAAGAGCAUGAUGCAUCUCCUCCGAGUGAUCGACCGAGCAGGAGGAUACGUUUUCGGAAGCGCUGAGGGUGCGAACGAUUCCGUCUGGCAGGUCGCCAUGCGCAAUGAGUCGGCCAUGAUGGAAAUUCAGGAUAUCCAGGAGCGCUGGGUCGACCGCAAGACCGAGUACGAUGAGCUGGAGCGGAAAGGGUGGGAGGAGCAAGCCAAAAUGCGGGAGGAGGAAGACCCGAGCGCGGGUCAGUCAUCGGCACAGCAGGCUGCGGCGGAUUACGAUCCAGACUUCGGCGACAUGUCGAUACCCGCGGAUAGCGGUGUAAAAGUAGUGCGCAGGAACAAAUGAUACCCUUCAGCCGUCUUCUUCAACCAUGUCAUCCUCAUCAGAGACAUCCGACGCGUCGAACAUCAUGGUGUCCUCGGCCGGGAUCCUGGACUCGGUAAAUAGCGGCAGCGCGCCACUAGCAGCGGCAGUAGCAGAGUCCUUGGCAGCCAACACGAGCUGCCGGGCGCGUCGGACGGCUUCCUCUUCAGCCUUUCGAAUGGUACCACUCACUCUGACGACCUUGAAGGUGCAGGGCUUGCCAUCUCCGGCCUUCAGAGGCACGUGAUUCAUAAAAGUCAGGGCGGCCCAGACAAGACGGUAGUGUGCUCUCUUCACUUUCAAAAUGAAGGUUGAUGUUGCGGGAGAAAGGUACUUGACUAUAUGCCCGUUAGACUCUUUCGUGCGACGAAUUAUAGAGUCUGCGCUCACCUUGGAGAUUUCCUUCCAAGGCACCAGAACCGUAGUCGCCAAACAGAGCAGCGGCCUCGAGUUUGAUCGCCUUCAACAGAGACAGAGGAGUGAGACUGCCCGUCGUCGGCUGGUGCAUGACCACGAAGUCUGGGACAUUGGGUGCUUGUGGGUUCGAAUUCUCUGGAGGAUACAAAAUAUUGACGAGAACGUAUCUCUCCUUGAUUCGGACCAUUUUAGUGUAUGGGUAUCGGUGUUAUUCCAAGACAGAGUUCUGCUGAGGUCGAGUAUUGAAAAAGUUCAUGGUUCACGG